AUGGUCAAACCUUUAAUUCCAGAAGAUGCUUCGCUCAACCCAGAACUAUAUGGAUUGAGACGAUCACACAGAGAGAGACGUGGACCGGCCAUAGUAGAAAGUGAUAUCAGCGACGAAGAAGAUAUUUCUGACAAGCCUUCACGUAAGAAGAAGUCUGCCUAUAACGAUGAAGAUGGAUUUGAAGAUGGAUUUGAUGAAGAAGACGAUGAAGAUGAAGAUGACGAUGAAGACGAUGAGUUUCUUGUUAGUACGAAAAAGAGAAAGUCUAAUGGUAAGACAUCAAAGUCUACAAAGAAGAGGAGUAAUACCCCAUCUAUGGCAGAAAUAAGGUUCUCCUCAAGAAACAGUAAACAAGUCAAUUAUACCGUCGAUUAUGACGAUGAUGAUGCUGAUUUACUUGAGAGCGAACCAGAAUUUGAUCACGACGAAGAAGAUGACGAAGCUAACGGUGACUAUUAUUAUUAUCAACAGGCAGCUGAAGCUGAAGACGAAAGAGGAAUAGAUCAGGUUAUGGAUCACAAAAUAAAUGAAGAUAAUGCCGAAUUAACCAAUGAACCCAAAUUAGAUUAUUUAUUUAAAAUUAAAUGGUCUGAUGCAUCUCAUUUACAUAAUACAUGGGAAUCAUGGUCCAACUUGAAGGAUUUCAAAGGAUUUAGAAAGCUUGAUAACUACAUCAAGCAAUUUAUAAUUAUGGAUCAAGAAAUUCGUAAUGAUCCGUUAACAACAAAGGAAGAUAUAGAGGCUAUGGAUAUUGAUCUUGAAAGAAGACGUGACGAACAAGAUGAAUAUACUCAAGUGGAGAGAAUUGUCGACAGUGAAAGAGUCGAAAUAGAUGGCGAGAGCCAAUUACAAUAUUAUUGUAAAUGGAAGAGACUUUAUUAUGACGAAUGUUCAUGGGAGAAUGCUGAGGAGAUUGCUAAAAUUGCUCCUGAACAAGUAACAAAGUAUCAACAGAGAUUGAAAUCAAAGAUCUUGCCUAAUUUAUCUGCAAACUAUCCCUUAAACCAAAGACCUAGAUUUGAAAAAUUGGUAAAGCAACCUUUAUUUAUUAAAAAUGGUGAAUUAAGAGAUUUCCAAUUGACAGGUUUGAAUUGGAUGGCGUUCUUGUGGUCAAGAAAUGAAAAUGGUAUCUUAGCAGAUGAAAUGGGGUUAGGUAAAACUGUUCAAACAGUUUCAUUUUUAUCCUGGUUAAUUUAUGCCAGAAGACAAAAUGGACCUCAUUUAGUUGUUGUUCCGUUAUCGACAAUCCCCGCAUGGCAAGAAACGUUUGAAAAAUGGUCCCCUGAUGUCAACUGUAUUUAUUACUUAGGUAAUACUGAAUCAAGACGAAAUUUGAGAAAUUACGAAUUUUACCAAGGUAAUAACAAACCAAAAUUUAACAUUUUGUUGACUACAUACGAAUACAUCUUGAAGGACAGAAAUGAAUUGGGAGCAAUCAAAUGGCAAUUUUUGGCUGUUGAUGAAGCCCAUAGAUUGAAAAACGCUGAAUCUUCUUUGUAUGAGUCGUUAAAGCUGUUCAAAGUUACAAAUAGACUUUUAAUUACUGGUACACCUUUGCAAAAUAAUAUCAAAGAAUUGGCGGCCUUAUGUAACUUUUUGAUGCCGGGAAAAUUCAAUAUCGAACAAGAGAUUGAUUUUGAAUUUCCUGACGAUCAACAAGAACAAUACAUUAAGGAUUUGCAGAAGAAAAUUCAACCUUUUAUUUUGAGAAGAUUGAAGAAGGAUGUGGAGAAAUCCCUUCCAUCGAAGACUGAAAGAAUUUUGAGAGUUGAAUUGUCUGAUUUGCAAACCGAUUACUACAAAAAUAUCAUCACUAAGAAUUACUCAGCGUUAAAUGCUGGUAACAAAGGGUCACAAAUUUCAUUGUUAAAUGUCAUGAGUGAAUUGAAAAAAGCAUCUAACCAUCCAUACUUAUUUGAUGGGGCAGAAGAAAGGGCAUUGGCGAAGGCAAACUCAAAUACAAGAGAUAAUGUUCUUCGUGGUAUUAUUAUGUCAUCUGGUAAGAUGGUAUUACUUGAGCAGUUGUUAACCAGAUUGAAAAAAGAAGGCCAUAGAGUUUUGAUUUUCAGUCAAAUGGUUAGGAUGCUUGAUAUUUUGGGUGAUUAUUUAUCUAUAAAGGGUUAUCAAUUUCAAAGAUUAGAUGGUGGGAUACCUUCUUCACAGAGAAGAAUAUCUAUUGAUCACUUCAAUGCUCCUGAGUCAAAGGAUUUCGUUUUCCUCUUAUCCACAAGAGCUGGUGGGUUAGGUAUCAAUUUGAUGACAGCUGAUACUGUCAUUAUCUUCGAUUCUGAUUGGAAUCCACAAGCUGAUUUACAAGCAAUGGCAAGAGCUCACAGAAUCGGUCAAAAGAAUCAUGUUUCUGUGUAUCGAUUUGUUAGUAAAGAUACCGUCGAAGAAGAAAUUUUAGAAAGGGCAAGGAAGAAGAUGAUUUUAGAAUACGCAAUUAUUUCAUUAGGUAUUACAGACCCAAGCUCGAAAAGGAGUAAAACUGAACCAUCAGCUAAUGAAUUAACUCAAAUCUUGAAGUUCGGUGCUGGUAAUAUGUUUAGAGAAAAUGAUAACCAAAAGAAAUUAGAAGACUUGAAUUUGGAUGAAGUUUUGAAUCAUGCAGAAGACCAUGUUACAACACCUGAUUUAGGUGAAUCUAACUUAGGUUCUGAAGAAUUUUUGAAACAGUUCGAGGUUACAGACUAUAAAGCAGACAUAGAAUGGGAUGAUAUUAUCCCUCAAGAAGAAUUAUCUAAAUUAAAGGAAGAUGAGAAAAAGAAGGCUGACGAUGAGUUUCUUCAGGAACAAAUUUCCAUGUAUUCUAGAAGAAAGGCAGCAGUUAGAAGAUUACAAGAUGGGUCCGAGAAUGUUAGUGAAGACGAUGUGGCUGAUUCAGAUAACCAAAGAAAAGCUAGAAAACGGAAUGAUGAAAACUACCAAUUGUCUGAGAAGGAAAUUAGAGGUAUUUAUAGGUCUAUCUUGAAACUCGGAGACUUAACAGGAAAGUGGGAACAAUUAGUAGAAGACGGUAGUAUUUCUAAUAAGAACCCAGUGUUAAUAAAACAUGCAUAUAAUGAGAUCAUUAACAUAUCUAAACAAUUGGUGAAAGAAGAAGAGGCAAGAAGAACAAAGGUGUUAGCCGAAUUAGAGAGAAAGGCUAUGGAACUGAAGGACAAGAAUGUUGUGACUGUCGAUGGAUCCAGUCCGAUGGCUUUGUGGGUUGCUAAGAAGAAAGAAAAGAGAGCUGUGCUAUUCGAAUACCAAGGAGUUAAAAAUAUUAAUGCCGAAUUAGUUUUGGCUAGGCCUCAGGAUAUGAAGCUACUCGAAAGUUUGAUACCAAAGGAGAACCCAACUAAUUUUGAAAUUCCAAAGCCACCCAAACAAGUAUCAUCCUGGAACUGUGAAUGGAGCACAAAGGAUGAUUCCAUGCUAUUGGUCGGUGUCUACAAAUUUGGUUAUGGAUCGUGGGUACAGAUCAGAGAUGAUCCGGUAUUGGGAUUGCAGAAUAAGUUGUUCCUCGAAAGCGCUAACAGUAAGGAAAGCAAAGAUGAUAAGUCGAGCAAGAGGGUUCCCGGUGCAGUUCAUCUCGGUAGAAGAGUGGAUUACUUAUUCACACUCUUGAAGGAAGGAGAUGAAAUUCCCAACGGAAACGCAUCCAACAACACCACUACCAAGAAGAAGGUCAGAAGGGUCAAAAAUGAAACCCCCACCCCCGCAGUCAAAAAGAAGCCUUCGAAGUCUCAAUCUCCAGAGGUCAACAAGAAGCCAAAACACAAGAAAUUAUUGCCAAAGGACUCCCCAGCAUCUUCUUCCGCAAACUCUCCAAAAGACCCUAAUGGCCAUGCUCACCCCCACGUGAAGGAAGAACCACACAUCGAAAACGACUUGGAAUACGGAAGUAUGGAUGAAGCCGAAUGCAAAAACACAUUGAAACCCGUUUCCAAAUCUCUUAUGAGAUUACACAAGGGAAAUAAGGGUUUCGAGAAAGCCGAAUGGGCCAAUAUCUUGAGAAAAGAGUUGUUGACUAUUGGUGAUUUCAUAGACCAGACUACUGGCUCCAAGGAUGCCAAGGAUGAUAACCUGGACAAGUUGAAGAAACAUUUAUGGUCUUACGCAAGUCUUUACUGGCCUGCAAAAGUACCAAGUAAAAAGAUCAAUGAUAUGUAUAAUAGAGUUAAGGUCCAAGUAAGAGCCCCUAAAAAACCUAAGAACUCUUAG